UUCUGUGUACUGAGACACAGGGUAAAUAAAUAGCUAAGCCAAUCAGAUCAAACCAUCUAUUUGAUUAAAGAUUUGGGCUUUGAGCUUAAAAGCCCAUUCGGCCCAUAUUAAUUUUUAGGCCCAUUAGCUUGAUAUCCAAAAAAAUCCAUCCAUUAUCGUCUUCGUUCUGGUAUUUUGGCUAACCAACGAUGAAAAUGGCACUCUGCUAAAAAAAUCAAUACUUGCAGAAAAGGCUGCACCUUUAAGCUAUUCAUCUCCAUUUUUCCAUGAAACUUCUGGGCAUGUGUUGAUUUUGGAUUUUGAGAAUGGAAUGUGGCUCUUGUAGUUCCUCAGUUGCUGGUGGUGCUGCUAUGGCUUUGUGGUGUGGUAAAGGGUUGGUUUCAACUCCCAAAAUGCUGCCUUUAAGGGUUUUUCUCAGUGUUAAUUCAGAGUCUUUGAAGUUUAAUCCAUGCCCUGGUCUUGGUUUUCUUCAUUCUAUGCAGCAUUUUAAGCAUAAACUCAAAGUUCAAUUAAAGUCAUCUCAGAAGAUGCAUCCAUCAUAUGCAUCGAUUAUCAAGGCCGAACAUCCUCAAAAUACUGAUUUGCCUCGGUACUAUUCCAGGAAGGAGAAGAAACCGUUCCCAGUACCCAUUGUAGAGUUAAGGCGUGCUGCAAGGGAGAGGCUUAAGAAAAGGAAAGGUCAGCCUAGAAAACCAGUUCCACCUCCAAAGAAUGGGAUGCUUGUAAAAAGUUUCAUACCGAUCGCCUAUGAUGUUUAUAAUGCAAGAAUAACGUUGAUAAACAAUCUUAAGAAGCUCUUGAAAGCUGUAACUGUCCAUGCUUGCAAGUACUGUAAUGAAAUUCAUGUGGGGCCAACUGGACAUCCAUUCAGAUCUUGUAGAGGCCAAAAUACUAGUGCCAGAAGGGGUCUUCAUGACUGGACAACCGCAACUUGGGAAGACAUAUUUUUACCUGUUGACGCUUACCAUCUCUAUGACCGCCUCGGGAAACGUAUUCCUCAUAAUCAGAGAUUCGCAAUUCCACGAAUUCCAGCAUUAGUUGAGCUUUGCAUUCAAGCCGGUGUUGACAUCCCCGACUUUCCCACCAAAAGGAGAAGAAAGCCAAUUAUUCGAAUUAACAAGAGUGAAUUUGUAGACGCAGACGAAAGUGAACUACCAGAUCCUGAUCCUGAUGCUCCCAAGCCACCAAUAUUAACUGAAAUACCCGAUUUUGAUAUAGUAGGUCCUUCCAACGAAGAAGAAACGACGUUACUCGCAGAGGAAACACUUCAAGCAUGGGAAAAGAUGAGGAAAGGAGCACAGAAGCUAAUGAAGCUUUAUCCCGUUAGAGUUUGUGGAUAUUGCCCUGAAGUACACAUAGGCCCCAGUGGCCAUAAGGCACAGAACUGCGGUGCCCACAAGCACCAACAGCGAAACGGGCAGCACGGGUGGCAGUCAGCCGUCAUUGAUGACUUGAUACCUCCACGGUAUGUCUGGCAUGUUCCUGAUGUGAACGGUCCACCGUUGCAGAGGGAACUCAGAAGCUUCUAUGGUCAAGGCCCUGCUGUGGUGGAAAUGUGUAUGCAGGCUGGUGCAGCUGUUCCUGAACAAUUCAGAGGAACCAUGAGGUUAGAUGUGGGAAUCCCAACAGAUCCUAAAGAAGCUGAAAUGGUAGUUUGAAAAUCAUUGCAUACUAUAAUCUAUAAAUCUUCAUAUUGUUGAUAUUUCUCAGUUUUGUGUUGUAAAAAAUGUAAUCUUGUGAUCAAAAUUGGAACUUUAAUAGUAAGAGUGAUAUCAAUAGUAUUAUUGUUCUUUGUUCACAAA